CUUUAGCUUUGCAUCUCAACCAAUGCCACUACACUUUCAACAACACGUAGUCAAAAUAUCAAUACAAUACUUGUAAACAAAUUACAUCCUAAAGUCCCGAAAUUAAUACUCUUUUCUUUUCUUUUAUGCAAUUAUAUCUUUAACCUCAAUGUAAGGAUCAUGUAUGUAGAGAGACAGAGGGAUUGAGAGGGACAAAGAUCAUGGGAUGCUGUGGACAAAACAAAAAGGUAAUAAGGUUUGAAACCAGGACACAGGAAACACAAACCACCCUUUAUAGUACAUUGCCUUGGCUUUCUCUUUUGGUUACUACUCUUUAUAUGUAACAUUAUUGAAGAGACUGCAAAAACUAACAUAUCCACAGAAAAAUGCUGCCAAGAGAAACCAUUCACAAGGCCAGGGUUCUGCUUCAAAAAACACUCCGAAGCUUCAAGUCUUUAGUCUCUGAAGGGUAUCAAAAACUUCCCAGAUCACUUUCCUUGAAUCCCUUCCUCCGUCGCAGUGGCAAUGCAAGAACUUAUUACUCCAGCGACCAGUUCUACAAUGAGUUCUAUGAUAUUCUGCAGUCUGAUCUCAACAGAAUACGGAUCAGGAACGAUGACAUGAUCAUGAUCCGUUCAAGAGAACCACCACCCGCGCCAGCAUCAGCAUCAGUAGUAGAAGAUGCUGCAAAAGUUGAAGAAGGAACAAGCAAGAAGCAAAGUCCAUUGAAGAAGAACAAAGGGGAGACUACUACUACUACUACUACUACUACUACUACUACUACUCUACCAUUGAAGAAUAAGAAGGUGAAUAGUAAUAAUAACAAUGAUGCUUUGGCAAAGAAGAUGAAGGAAUUGGAGAUGAUGGAUUCGGGUGAUGUUGAACACGUGCUGGACAUAGAAGAAGCUCUCCAUUACUAUUCUCGACUCACGAGUCCUGUUUAUUUGGACAUUGUUGACAAGUUCUUCAUAGACAUGCACAAUGAGUUUAAUGUUCCAGUUCCACAACUUCCACACUCAUCUUCUGUCAGAAUCAAACGCUCAAAAUCCAAGGGAAGAUUUGGCUCCCUAUCUGGCUGUAGAUAGGUGUAAGAUCAUAUAUAUUAAGCUACGAAUGCUUUAAUUUGGUUGUUUUUUUUUUUGUAUAUGAAAUCUCUUUUAAUUUGCUUGCUACCUGU